UCAGAGCCGCUGCUGCCUCGUCUCCAGACACUUCCUGCACCGAGCAAGUCUCACAGACCGCGACUGAGUCGUCGUGAAGGGGGGGGAGACAAAAUGAGGAACAGAGAUCUUUGGGAAGGAACGUGAGGCUUUGCUCAAGGACACUAAGAUGACAUAAACUAAGGACCCACCUGGAACUGUCUACUUGUUUGUCUUUUGUUUCUCUUUCGUCUUGUUUUUUUAUUUUUAUUUUUUGUUUUUGUGGCAACGUCUUUUCUUGGAUAAAACUUCAGCAUAUCACACUACUGUCCAGGAGACUGGCGCUGUCACUCCUCUCGUCUGCCUCCUGUAUACCACUAAGAUUUAAGAUAGCAAUAGCGGUAUCAAAGGUCUUGAAGAACCUGCACUUAUCAUAUCUUUGUGGCAUUAAUUACACUUCAGGCUGCACUUUCCAUGCAACAUGAUUUACUUAAAUUUUGUCUAUUCGCUUCACUGAAUUGUUUUAGCCUCCUUGUGUAAACGAGGUGUGUUUGUUUUUUCGUUUUCAUCCUUAAAUGAUCUGCGUGUUAAUGGAAUAAGAAGGUAAAGUUUUGUCAAUUUGUGUAAUUAUUUAAAGAUCUAUUGUUGAUGUAAUAUUGCUGCUCUGCUGCCUUGUGUGGCUUUAAGUUGUGAUGUAACAUUUUUUUUAUACAUAUGCAAUUUUUUGGUGAACAACACUCGUUUAUAAAGUCUGAUUUUUACAUUUUUAUUUGUAUUGAAGUAUUGCCCAUCUCAGUUUCAACUGACAGGGAACAGUGUAAGCUGACAGCUCUUAAGAUCAAACUGUGACGCAUAUUUGUUUUAGUAGUUCCCAUUUUCACUGGAUGAACAAAUAACUGGAAAAAGUUGAGUUUUUCCUUUCAAAUGAAAACCUAAAGUGACAUGGACACACAGGGACACAAAUUGUUUUUAUAAAAAAAAAGUUUUUGGUGAAGUUUCUUGAAGAAUGAUUCUGAAGUGAUUUCAGGGAUAUAGUUCUUGGAUAUUGUGACAAAUUUAGAUUUGCCCUUCGACCUUCUGACCGCAGAAAAAUCUACUGUUGGCCUUGCUGGACUGUUUAAAGUGUGUCCAUUUGAACAGCAAGGAUGCGAUCUCCUGGACCUUCUUCACCUUCUCCCGCUGAAGCCCUCCUUCAUGGCCAGUUUGCCAGCUGGGGCUCUGGCAGUAAUGGCAACAAUAACAGCUGCCCCAACAGCCCUGGAGGCCCUGGAGGGCUCUCCCCCGCUGCCUCCCCAAGUCUGGCUCCGGCAUCCAAUUAUGCCUUGACCCUCACCCACACCCACAUACAUAUUCAGCGUCUGUCGCCGCGUUCAGGAAAGGAGGCCCGCCUCCUGCUGCCUUUGGCCGAGCUGGUGGGGUGCAGCUGCCCCCGGGCCCCCGCGCCACCCCUGCUGGUGCUGUAUUGGUACCCUCCGGGGAAAAAACGAAAGGGGGUGUCGCGGCGCAGGCAGGUGAGGGCUUACCUCGCAGAGACCAGGCCUGAGGCAGAGCGGUGGUCAGCUGCCGUGCAGUGUCUGCUCCGGGGGGUGACCGUCACUGCUGAAACAGAAUUCUCAAGAAGUCUCCUACCUCGUCCCAGGCGACUACUGUUAUUAGUCAAUCCGUUUAGUGGAAGGGGCCAGGCAAUGCAGUGGUGUCAGACCUACAUCCUGCCAAUGAUCAGAGAGGCCAACAUUAGCUACAACCUCAUACAGACAGAACGUCAAAACCACGCGAGAGAGCUUAUCAGAGAGAUUUCCCUCUCGGAGUGGGACGGGAUCAUCAUCGUUUCUGGGGAUGGCUUGCUGCAUGAGGUAAUCAAUGGGCUGAUGGAGCGCCCAGACUGGGAACAAGCAAUAAAAACCCCCGUCGGCAUUCUGCCCUGUGGCUCCGGGAAUGCACUGGCUGGUUCCAUCAACCACCACGCAGGGUAUGACAUGUGCCUUCGAGAGACGCUCCUGUUGAACUGCUGCUUUUUACUCUGUCGAGGCGGUGUCCGUCCCAUGGACCUGGUCUCCGUGACAACGAGCCCCGCUCCCUCCAAUCACAGCCAUGCUGCUGCACCCAGGAGACUGUUUUCCUUCCUUUCUGUUGCCUGGGGCUUUGUGUCGGACGUGGACAUUGAGAGUGAGAGGUAUCGUGGCUUGGGCUCUGCUCGGUUCACCCUCGGCACCUUAGUGCGCAUCGCUUCGCUCCGAUCCUACAAGGGUCGACUGUCCUACCUGCCUCCCUCUGUUAUCGCCACAUCUCCAGAUGGCACACCUCCUCCGCCAAGGAGACCACUCUCCCGCAGUAUCACAGAAGGCUUGGAUGGCUUCUGGCGAACGCCUAUCCAUCGCACCUGCUCCGACAUGGGCAUCAGUGAGCAGAGGAGCCUAAGAAAGGGUGAAGGAGAGAGGGAAAAGGAGGAGAGGCAGAGAGAGAGGGAGAGGAGAAGGGUGAGAGCCAGAGGGGGAGGAACCGGAGUGGUGAGAGCAAGCAGUUUGGCAGAAGACAGGGAGAGGGAGGGGGAGAUGGAGAUGGAAACAGAAGAGGAGAAGUCAGGAACAUGUUCAGAGAGGUCUGGAACAAGUUCUGAAUCAAAUGAAAGGGAUGGAUGCAAUAUGGGGAGGGAAGAAAGGCUGCAGAGGAUCAACGAUGAAAGGGAAGAUGAGGGAAUGGUGGAUGAAGACUCUGCCGAGAUGGAGGAGGAGGAUAAGGGGAAGGGCGGGGAAAGCAGUGGUGGAUCAGUAGAGGGGGAGGGAGUGUUGCAUGCGCGGGAGCUGGGAGAGCGAUACGGGGUAGACGUGGGGCGAGAGGCAGAUGAAGAGCCAGAGCCCAGCAUCAACCGCCAGGACAGUCCUCAGGAAGCCAGACAGGUGGUAAGAAAGAAUUCAGCUCCAUCGAGUCAGAUCGCCGCCACUCUGUUCGGCCAGGAGGCUAACGCAGAUUCUGGCUCCUCGUACGGGCCGGAGGACAUGGACCUGAAUGGAACCUACUUCCAGAAGGAAUCCUACCCUCUGGAUGUGGCCCGGGAGCGAGCCCUCACCAUCUCGUCUCCUUUUCGACACUCUCCGUUCUCUUACAAGCAAAAGGCCCUGGACCAAAACCAAAACGCCUCCCGUCCCAGGCCCCUCUCACUCCUUCAGCACUCCCACUCCAACACCCUCCCCCCUAAAUUCCCCUCCCUGUCCCUGUCUCCUACACCUCCCUCUUCUCCUUCCUGUGCUUCCCCACACUCGUCAUCCUACCUCGCCCCCCGUCCAAACACCCCAAAUUCCUCCUCGCCCUCUCCUUCCAUACGCACACCGUCCUCAUCCUUUAACUUUGACAUAGCCGAACCAGCAGGACCCUUCAAGAACCGUCCAUUCAUUUCGCUGCCUUUAGAUCUACCGAGGGAUGACUUGUUACCCCCUCUUGACCAGCCCCUUCCCACCAGAGACUGGGUCGCCAUUGAGGGGGACUUUGUCUUAGUCUUGGCCCUUUAUCAGUCCCACCUCGGGGCUGACCUCCACGCCGCACCCCAGGCCAGGUUCGACGACGGCCUCAUCCACCUGACCUUUGUUCGGGCAGGGAUCUCCAGAGCCACCCUACUGAGACUCUUCUUCGCCAUGGAAAGAGGAAACCACCACUCGGUCAGCUCACCGUACGUGAGCCACGUCAGCUGUAGGGCCUUCAGGCUGCAGCCUCUGUCUACACGGGGAACCCUCACCGUGGAUGGAGAACUCGUGCCCUACGGGCCGCUCCAAGCACAGGUCCAUCCUUCCAUGGCCCGUCUCGUUGUUGGAGACUCUGGAGUGCAGAUUACUAGAUUUUAAUCAGGGAUUUCUUGAGUAGAAUGCACUCUAUUGAAUUUUUUUUAUCUCUGUUGCCAUCAGUACUAAGUAGGUAGUAUCUGAGACACCUAAAUUAGCCUGGAGUGCGGGAACUGCUUUAGUAGGGAUUAACAAAAGGGAUAAUUCACCGAGCCACGCAUCAUCGCAGAACGACUGCAGGGAUUAAAAGUGAAUUUGAGAAUGGAUGAAAAAUGCGCUUCGUUGCACAGAUGUUGGAUCGUGCUCAGUCUGACCUGAGAAGCAUGUCAACUGCACAGUUGUGGAUAUUAAGAGGGAAGAACAAUCAAAUGUUGUGGAUGUUUCUGUGCAGCCUGUGCAUGUGUUGGAUCUAUACAUGUUAGUAUGCAUGCAAAGAAGCACCACGCAAUUUUUGCCUUAUAUUGAGACGAUGAGAAAUCAAGAAUAUUUUCUGGAAAUGAAAAAGUUGCUUUUAAAAGUGGAAAGUUAUACUUAAAAAAGAAAAUAACACAGAGAUUCACAUGGGCCAGCCCAACAUGCUAAACUAUCUUUCUCUUACCUUCAGUCUCACCAGUGUCCAAACGUUUAAGUAUGAGAACUUCGGUCCCUUGAAAGAAUGCCUUAUCUGGCACUGUACAGUGCAGUUGUACCUUUGCCUGUUCUUUCUUAUAUAAGAAAGCUAAACCUUAUUGACCUGCGUCUGAUUGAAAGAUUACAUCGUAAUCUUAAAAAGCAUAAAAGCAAACUUGUGCUUGUUUAUCCAGACGGGUUCUUCACUCCAGCUACAAAGUGUUAUUUUUUAACACGCCCGCUGUUUGACAGCAGAUGAAAUUGUGGCUCCAACUCCACAUUUGGCUGCUGGAUUCUGCUGGAGAUGAUAUUGAUAUCAGUCUUUGAAACCCACUGAACAUGAAAAUGUCAGAACAAUUCCCCAAUUUAAAAAAAAAAAUCUAAUUCAGCAUGAUAUUGUUUGACAAAUGCAGCCGUCUCUGAGUUAUCACAUUUGAUGGUGACAUAUCAACCUCAGUCAGAUAGGAAGUUGUGCAUUUAUUUUGCACCAGCUUGAAUUGAAGCAGUUGCACAAUAACCUUUCCGUACUAACUACACCGUAACGCAGUAGAAUAUCUUUGUCAGAAAACGGGUUGGUUAGCAUUUGCAACCCAAUCCAGGUAUUAAGAUUGAAUCACAUUAAUUUCAGUGUCUAAGAUUAAUUAAAUGUUGAACACUCAUGGCUGUGGAAAAGAGGCACCGAAAGCUCAGACAAAGAAUAAGCAACAUAGAACACAGAAGCAACACUAAGCAGAGCCGUGCUGUAUUGUUGGAUCAUGAGAUCGAUGAGUGGAGGAAAAUCCUCGUUGCACUGUUAGAAAAGUGCCAGUCUGAAGUGACCCCUUUUAUUUUCCUUAUAGAAAAAAACAUGCUGAUUGCAAAUGAGAAGUAAAAUCCCCCAGCACACUUUGGAGCCUCGCUUUUACAAAUGGAUUUUACUCCAUAACCUGCGGACAGACUUGAUCUGGGAUGAGAACAAGAAAAAAGUUUCUCAACGUAACGUGCCAACUGCUCCGAUCAUCAUCGGCAUACUGUACGACUCAGUCACGCCAUGACAAAUCAAUGCCUUUGUAUGAUAAGCCUGUAGAUUCUGGCUGCCGAUCACAGACUGUUUCAUCCUGACUGCAGAAAAUGAAGUCAAACUCUAUACUUACCAGUAUGUGUUUUUGUUUUCUUUCUUUCUUUCUUUCU